UGGGAACGUCACGGAUAAAUUCACUAAGAGAAUUCAAAUUUUAAACAAAGAAUGAUGAAUAGUGUGAAAUGAGCAACAAUGUCAAUAAAUAUUUAUAUAAAGGGUUCGAAUAACAAGGAGCGCGAAUAGCGACCUGGCGCGAAUGUUCAACUGACAACUGCCUGUAGCUUUUGCCUAUCGUCCAUACCGAAUGUUAGACACUGCAGAUGAACCUGUUUCGACCGCGAAUAGUUCUCCCAAAAAUAUGGACAAACUAAAAUUACCAUUUAGAAACUAUGAAACCUCUUCGUCUUCAGAGAUUUCGUCUGACAGUGAGCCAGAAUUAAUUGAAAGAUCUGUGAUCCAGAAACCCAGGGAUCCAGCCUUUUUAAUUCCACCCGACUAUACCUUACAGUCAGUGGAAGAUUUGGCUGCAGAUAUAAAAGUUUCGUUACUCGGAAAAAUAUCUCAAGUUUUUGAUAAAUACGUUGUCAUCCGUUCGAUUAAUUCGGCAGUUGUACUGAAUGAGCGAUCUGUGCUUUUUCUAGAAGACGGCAAGCAUCUGGGUGAGGUUUAUGAAACAUUUGGCCCAGUACGUACUCCAUUUUAUCUGGUGAUCCUUUCCAAAUCAUUUUGUGUACCCGAGUUAAGAAAUGAUCGGAUCUCAGGAUCACGCAAUUAUACAAUUUCAAAAUCAACGAACUAUUCUGAAAAUUUGGAACCUCAAACACCAAUUGAAUCAGUUACUAAUACUCAACUUGAUAAUGACAAUUCACUUAAUGAUAGCAGCAGUCAGAAUCCUUUUGAAAUUGAAAUACCAAUUACUGGCAACAGUGAUGCUAUCAAUUAUGAAGAAAAGAGAAAGGUUAAUCAUUCAUUGAAAGAAAUAUCCGUGUUCUAUGCACCCGAUAUACCUGAACUCACUAUUCCUGUCUUUUACAACCAAUUAAUUGCUAGUAACACCAAAGGAUCAGAUGCAUCUUGGGUAGGUGAUACGGAACCACCUCCUGAGGCACUGGAAUUUUCAGACGAUGAACGAGAGAAACUGUACAAACGCGCGUUAAAGAUGAAACGAAAAUCACAGACACCAGAACCAACAAACUCAACCCAAAUGUUAAGCCGUCCAAAGGAACAUGAUAAGUGGCAUAGUAAACCAUCAUUUGCUGUAAAGAAACAUCCAACUGCAUUUGCGUCGAGCGUUCAACCCGUAGAUCGUGCCUGUGGAUAUUCACUUCAACAACAAUCCUGUAGCCUAAGACCUUGCUUGCCCAUCCAACCACCAAAUCACUGGAAUAUGUAUCCUAGCGUUCAACCUCAAUGGCAAAAUCCGACUUAUGGUCACAGUACCUGGCCUUCCGUACCUUCAUACCAUCCGACAGUACAGAAUCCUUACCCAUAUGUACCGCGAAACCCAGUGCCGCCACAUCCAUUUUCAUAUCAUUAUGCUCUCCCUGAAGAACCUUAUCAACAGAAUUCGUGGUCACCGUAUGCUCCAUCGUGAUUAGAAAAUUAUUCAACGUUUCAUAAACCAUUUAUGCACAAAAUAUAAAUAUAUAAGUAUAUAGCGAUUAAGUGAUCUUUUUUAUUAUCAUAUACCAAAUAUUAUUUUACUACCAUCUUAUAGUUUUUAAGCUUGACUGUACACAAGCGUAGUUUAUACAAUAGUAGCACCUGAAAUCUACCUUAGUACUCAGGUGUAUACAUGUUGGGGACGUUAGAUCCCCAGAACUCACUUGGGAAAGGACCUAAUUUUGUAACUUUAUUUGGAAAAUUUGAAUUUCUUUGUUUCCGCGCCAAAGACGCUUUUGUCACCAUGUUGUAUUUCCUACUGGGAAAUAUCUUGAAUGCUAUCGGUCCGUUGCGUCUUUUAGUAUGCUAUUUGGUAACUCUCCCCAAGGGCGGUUUUGUACUGUAUAUAUACGUUUUGAAUUAUGUUUGUUGUUAUCGCUCGCUUCUGGCUGUUUGCAGAAUAUACUUCCCCAUUCCAAGCUUGGACUUCUCCUUCUAGUUAGCGGGCUGGGACCCAU